AUGACAAAAUUGCCCAACGAUGCAUUUCUCAGACUGAGUACUUCCAGCAUCACUAGUCACACUUUGUAUGGGUCCCAUGGUGUUAAUCAAGCCUCUCAAGUGAGUCGAAAGCAGAGCCCCUACUCCAUGCUUCUCUCGCCUGGAACUCACUGUCACUGUCUGCUGGUCCACUGCUCCCAGUCACUCCAACGUGAGGAAGCCGGCUUCAGAGCAAACCACAAGGAAAUCUGGUUUAUGAAAAUGGAGCAGUCUCCUGAUAACAUCUGGCCGUUCAUCACUAGCUUCUUCAGGCACCACCCAGAGCUUGCAGGUGCCAAAACCUCAGCACUGACAGAGGUCUGUGAAACAGGCAUUGAAGCUUUCCUGUCAGCAUCCCCGGGCCAGGGACAUGUUCAUGAGCUAGGCUCUCUGGAAAGCGUGGGAGCCAAUGACCAAGAGGGCAGCCUCUCACUUAUCAAAGAGCCACAUUCCUCCCGAGUUAACGAGCAUAUUUGUGGAAGCCUGGACAGGACGUGGGCGCGCCGGGAGCUCGCCGGAGCAGCUGGUCCGGCUCUGGGCGCCCAGCGGGCACCAGGGCUGCACUCACCUGGAUGCCGGACCCGCCCCCUAGAGACCCCGCCCCCUGGCGUUCGGCUACUAAAGGGAAGGGGAUUCCCAGGGGGUCCCCAAUCCCGGACUCUCCCGACCCCUAGCUGUCGGUCCCCCUCCCUGCGCGCGCGCCGGCGGGUUUCCUACCCUCCGAGGCGUCCGCUGGCCUGCGCCCUGGCGGGGACGUGGGCGGGGCGGGCGGCAUUUAAGGCUGGUGCCACCUCCCCGGUGCAGCGGCUGGCGAUCGGCCGCGGAGGUGCGUGCAGGGCCCGCGCCGCCGCCGGUAUCUCCACCGCCAACACCUCAGCCACUGCCACUGCCACAGCCACACGAGGUCCCCCACCGUGCGCUCCGCCGCUGCAGUCCCGGAUCCGCGCUCCACGCCCGCAGCCCGCGGAGCCACCAGCCCAGCAUGCACCAGGUGCGUGCAGCCCCCGCGCCGGCCGAGGAUGCGAGACGCUGGGCCAAGGCCCCGGGGACCGGAGCAGGCUGACGGGAAGCGAGGAAAAGGCGAAGAGGAGAAACGCCCCAGGGGCGCUCAGCACCUCUUCGGAAACCCCAUUUGGGGCCAAUAUUGCACCUGGGCUUCUCUUUCAGAAAACCCCAGAAAUUUACUCCGUGGAGCUCAGCGGAACUAAGGACAUCGUGAAAACAGACAAGGGGGAUGGCAAGGAGAAGUACAGGGGUCUGAAGAACAACUGCCUGGAACUCAAAAAGAAAAAUCACAAAGAGGAGUUUCAGAAAGAACUCCAUCUGGAUGACCACAAACUCAGCCAUAGGGAAUUGGAAGAGAAAUAUGGCACAGACAUCAUUAUGGGUCUCUCCAGCACCAGAGCUGCCGAGCUCCUGGCCCGGGAUGGGCCCAACUCCCUCACCCCUCCCAAGCAGACGCCUGAGAUCGUCAAGUUCCUCAAGCAGAUGGUGGGGGGGUUCUCUAUCCUCCUGUGGGUGGGCGCCUUUCUCUGUUGGAUUGCGUAUGGGAUUCAGUACUCCAGCGACAAGUCUGCAUCCCUGAACAACGUGUACUUGGGCUGUGUGCUUGGUCUGGUGGUCAUUUUAACGGGGAUCUUUGCUUAUUACCAAGAGGCAAAAAGCACCAACAUCAUGUCCAGCUUCAAUAAGAUGAUCCCUCAGCAAGCUCUCGUCAUCCGAGAUUCCGAGAAGAAGACCAUCCCUUCAGAGCAGCUGGUGGUGGGGGACAUUGUGGAGGUCAAAGGAGGAGACCAGAUCCCUGCAGACAUCAGGGUGCUGUCUUCUCAGGGGUGUCGGGUGGAUAACUCAUCUCUCACGGGGGAGUCUGAGCCCCAGCCCCGCUCCUCUGAGUUUACCCAUGAAAACCCACUGGAAACAAAGAACAUCUGCUUCUAUUCCACAACGUGUCUGGAAGCAUCUACUUCCCCUGUAGGCACUGUCACCGGCAUGGUCAUCAACACGGGUGACCGCACCAUCAUUGGCCAUAUUGCCUCCUUGGCCUCAGGAGUUGGAAAUGAGAAGACGCCCAUUGCCAUUGAGAUCGAGCACUUUGUUCACAUUGUGGCAGGAGUGGCUGUCUCCAUCGGCAUCCUUUUCUUCAUCAUCGCUGUGUCCCUGAAGUAUAAAGUCCUGGACUCCAUCAUCUUCCUCAUUGGCAUCAUUGUGGCCAAUGUGCCCGAGGGCCUCCUGGCCACUGUCACUGUGACCCUGUCGCUGACAGCAAAACGGAUGGCCAAGAAGAACUGCCUGGUGAAGAACCUGGAGGCUGUGGAGACCCUCGGCUCCACCUCCAUCAUCUGCUCGGACAAGACUGGGACACUGACCCAGAACAGGAUGACAGUGGCCCAUCUGUGGUUCGACAAUCAGAUCUUUGUGGCUGACACCAGUGAAGACCAUUCAAACCAAGUCUUUGACCAAAGCUCUAGGACUUGGGCCUCCUUAUCCAAGAUAAUAACAUUGUGUAACCGAGCAGAGUUCAAGCCAGGACAGGAAAAUGUCCCCAUCAUGAAGAAAGCUGUGAUUGGAGAUGCCUCAGAAACUGCUCUUUUAAAAUUCUCAGAGGUCAUUUUGGGUGAUGUGAUGGAAAUUAGAAAAAGAAACCGCAAAGUAGCUGAAAUCCCUUUUAACUCUACUAAUAAAUUUCAGCUCUCCAUCCACGAGAUGGAUGACCCCCACGGCAAGCGCUUCCUCAUGGUGAUGAAGGGGGCCCCUGAGCGCAUCCUAGAGAAAUGCAGCACCAUCAUGAUCAACGGCGAGGAGCACCCACUGGACAAGAGCACCGCCAAGACCUUCCACACAGCCUACAUGGAGCUGGGCGGGUUGGGCGAGCGUGUGCUGGGUUUCUGUCAUCUCUACCUGCCAGCAGACGAGUUUCCAGAAACCUACUCAUUUGACAUAGACGCUAUGAACUUUCCGACCUCCAACCUCUGUUUUGUGGGACUCUUGUCAAUGAUCGAUCCCCCUCGGUCCACCGUGCCAGAUGCAGUCACCAAAUGCCGGAGUGCAGGGAUCAAGGUUAUUAUGGUUACUGGUGAUCAUCCCAUCACAGCCAAAGCUAUCGCCAAGAGUGUGGGGAUCAUUUCAGCCAACAGUGAAACAGUGGAAGACAUUGCACAUCGCCUCAACAUUGCUGUGGAGCAAGUUAACAAACGGGAUGCCAAGGCCGCUGUGGUGACUGGCAUGGAGCUGAAGGACAUGAGCUCAGAACAGCUGGAUGAGAUCUUAGCCAACUACCAAGAGAUUGUCUUUGCCCGGACAUCCCCGCAGCAGAAGCUGAUCAUUGUGGAGGGCUGUCAGAGGCAGGAUGCUGUUGUUGCUGUGACCGGGGAUGGAGUUAAUGACUCUCCGGCUCUAAAGAAGGCAGACAUUGGGAUUGCCAUGGGGAUAGCAGGUUCUGAUGCAGCCAAAAAUGCAGCCGACAUGGUCUUGCUGGACGACAACUUCGCAUCCAUCGUCACAGGGGUGGAGGAAGGUCGCCUGAUCUUUGACAACCUCAAGAAGACGAUUGCUUAUACCCUGACCAAGAACAUUGCCGAGCUGUGCCCCUUUCUGAUCUACAUCAUUGUCGGGCUCCCCCUGCCCAUUGGCACCAUCACCAUUCUGUUCAUUGACUUGGGGACAGACAUUAUCCCCUCCAUUGCCUUGGCAUACGAGAAAGCUGAAAGUGACAUCAUGAACAGGAAGCCUCGCCACAAGAAUAAGGACAGGCUGGUGAACCAGCCGCUCGCUGUGUACUCAUACCUGCACAUUGGCCUCAUGCAAGCCCUGGGAGCUUUCCUUGUGUAUUUCACCGUCUAUGCACAAGAGGGCUUUCUGCCCCGCACUCUCAUUAACCUGCGGGUAGAAUGGGAGAAGGACUACGUGAAUGACUUGGAAGACAGCUAUGGGCAGGAAUGGACAAGGUACCAGAGGGAAUACCUAGAAUGGACGGGCUACACGGCUUUCUUUGUUGGCAUCCUAGUCCAGCAAAUAGCAGAUCUGAUCAUCAGGAAAACCCGGAGGAAUUCCAUCUUCCAGCAGGGUCUCUUCAGAAAUAAAGUCAUCUGGGUGGGGAUCACCUCACAGAUCCUCAUUGGUCUGAUCCUCUCCUAUGGCCUCGGAAGUGUCACAGCCUUGAGUUUCACCAUGCUUAGGGCUCAGUACUGGUUUGUGGCUGUGCCGCACGCCAUCCUGAUCUGGGUGUAUGAUGAGGUGCGGAAGCUCUUCAUCAGGCUCUACCCUGGAAGGCUCCAGCCGGGGCCUCUGAUGUGCCCUCGAUUCUUGGUCGGACGCCUGUGGGAGGGCCCGCUCCAGCCGGGGCCUCUGAUGUGCCCUCGAUUCUUGGUCGGACGCCUGUGGGAGGGCCCGUCUUUCUGCAGCAGCACUCGAGAGAAGGGUUCUACAGCCUUUCCAUCAACUGCACACCUCGCACUAACUCAUUUGACAGAACCUGAGAAUUAUGUUUGGUUAAGCUUUCCUCAUCUAGUGGCCUGCCCCGUCACCUCUCUCCAUUACAGUCUCACUCGGGGGCAUCUGGGGCUGAUGGCUCUAGGUUGGCAUCUCCUGGACAGGAAAAGGCAGCCUUAG